AUGACCACGGGGACGGUAAGGCAGGACCAGUUCGAGGAGCCCAUUCUCCCCGAUGGCCUGGCAAAUAUCAUGAGGAUGCUGGACGAGUCGAUCCAGAAGGAGGACGAGUUGUACAACGGCAGCGCUGACGGCGAUCGCUACUCCCCCAUCUCCCCUCUGCCCAUGCCCCGGUCCCUGCCGGGCCUCAAGGACAACCGGCAGCCUCCUCCCUUGCUGGAGAGACCCAAACCCUCUAACGUGGAUUUCAGACUGGUGAACAAGACCCCCCCGGCCUUGAGCAGGCAGGGCUCGCUGGCGUCGCCUGCCAGGUUAUCGACUUCAUGCAGCAGGGUGUCCUCAGUCUCUGAAGAGGGGGCGAGGAGCCCUUCUUUAAAGCUGAGCCCAGGCAGCCAGCGGCAACCAACUCCCUCCUUCCCCCCGGCUCCUCUGGUCAAGGAGAGUCACGUUUACAACAGCAGCAGCUACCUUCACAACGACCUGGCCAAGCUUUACGGCUUCCCCGAGCGGAAACGAGAGGAAUCUGCGAGCGGAAUUGAGGAGGAGGAGGAGGAGGAGGAGCCCCCCCUGGCGGGUGCUGGAAAAUCGGGGGGGGUUCUUCCUUUCAAGUACGCCACCCCUCCGCCCGCUGCGGUUCUUCGUCGGACAAGCGGCCCGGGAAGGAGAGGGCCGUGGCGGCGGGGGGAAACACGACCCAAAACCCGCCAGGAGGAGGAGGAGGAGGAGGAUGGGAAAGCCGGGGUUAGGGGUCUGGAGAAGGCAGCCAGGACUUCCAAAGUGAAGGAGGAGGCGAAGCAGCAGCCGGCGAUCCUGUCUGAGGCGUCCAUGUCCGAGCUGAGCCGGAGCUGUGAGGUCCUUCUGACCCGGCACGCCAUUCCCGCCGGGAGCUGCCGGGUCAAGCCCGGGAAGGAUCACAGGAAGACGGAGAGGGCAGAGAAGGGCUGCAAAAGCGAGAGGAGGGAGAGGAAAGACCGUAGAGAGCACAAGAGGCACAGGAAGAGGGAUUCUUCACCGACAUCCAACACCUCUUCAUCAUCUUCAUCUUCUUCUGUUCGGAGCGGAACUGGCAGCAGCAGCAGCUCAAGCAGGCGACACAAAGACAAGGAAGGCAAGUCGCACAAGGAGAAGAGCAGGCGAGUGCUGGGCAAUCUGGACAUGCAGAGAAAGGGCAGCCAAGCCAGGGAGAAGGGGAAGGGCGACUGCGCUGGAGUCGGCGCCGAGCCCAGGAUGAUGGGCCGACGCGCUGAGAGUCUACGGCGCGCAGCAGGCCACAGCACCCCGGUGGCGUGGCCGGGGGGCAGUGGCUUCCCCGCGGGGAGGGCUGGUGGGGCCACGGCACACCACAAUGGUGGGCAUGUGGGGGGGGGCGGCGGGGGGGCCCUGGCCCCCGCGGACUUCCUGAAGCUCAAAGGCCUCUCGGACGAGCCCCCCAAGGAGCUGAAGAUCCGCCUGAUCAAAGUGGAGAGCGGCGAGCGGGAGAGGUUCAUCGCCUCCGAGGUGGAGGAGAAGAAGAGCGUCCCGCUGUCCCAGAUCACCAUCAGCAACACGGCCAGCGAGGUCGUCCGAGCCUGCAGGAAUGCGAAAAUCAAAGGGAGGUUUCGAGAGUCUUAUCUCUUGCCUGCGUUUUCUGUGAAGCCUGUGAUGGGAAAUUCGGGCAGCCCCCAGGAGAGACUGAACCCUCCCACCCCCAGUAUCUACCUGGAGAGCAAGCGGGACGGAUUCUCCCCAGUGCUCCAGCAGUUCUGCACGGACCCCAAAAACCCCAUCACUGUCAUUAGGGGGCUGGGGGUGGGCUCUGGAUCCCUGCGCCUCAACCUGGGCCUCUUCUCCACCAAGUCCCUGGUGGAGGCGAACGGCGAUCUCUCUGUGGAGGUGCGGACGCAGGUCCAGCAGCCUUCCGACGAGAACUGGGAGCCGACUGGAGGCAGGCAGACCUGGCCGUGCGAGAGCAGCCGUUCUCACACCACCAUUGCCAAGUACGCCCAGUACCAAGCCUCCUCCUUCCAGGAGAGCCUGCAGGAGGAGAAGGGAAGUGAUGAAGAGGAGGAUGAAGAAGAGACCCCUGUCGCCUCUGAGCCCCCCAGCAACAGUGCUGCGGAUCAGAAACCAGUGGGAAAGAUUAUCAAAUUCGGGACAAACAUUGACCUGUCAGACGCCAAGCGGUGGAAGGCUCAGCUGCAGGAGCUGUUCAAGCUGCCCGCUUUCAUGCGCGUCUCGUCCAGUGGGAACAUGCUGAGCCACGUGGGGCACACCAUCCUGGGCAUGAACACAGUGCAGCUCUACAUGAAGGUCCCGGGCAGCCGCACCCCAGGUAACAGGACCCAAAAAACGCAGGAUUUACAAAAAUGCGUCCUGUGAAGGACUUGGUUUCUU